UUAUUUGACGUUUAGUUUAUUAAGUCGGUUUGGAGUACUAAAAAUGGAAGAAUUUAGUAGUGAUGAGUUGAAUCCUCCCAGUUGGAUGAAUGAUCAAUUUUUUAAAGAAGUUUUAAGGAAAUGUGAACGCACAGAUAAAAUAUCGAUAGAAAAUAUUGAAAUAUCACCAGCUACAGCUAAAGGUGAUCAUUUUGCAAGUAUUAUGUUUCGUGCUGUGGUGAUAUUCAAUUCAAUUCAAUCAAAAACACAAUCUAAAUCUAUGAUUAUUAAAAUAAUGCCACAAGAAGAAGGAUGCAAGCAAGAUUUUCUUAAAGAAAGUUUUGCUUUUGAAACCGAAAUUGGAAUGUAUUCAAAAACUAUACCCAAAUUGGAGGAAGAAUUAAGAAAAGUUGGUGACAAUACAGUUUUGGCAGCCAAAGCCCUAUAUUGGUCAUUAGAGCCUCAAAAAAUUCUUAUUUUAGAAGAUAUUUGUCUAAAAGGCUAUAAAGUGUUAAAAGAUAGAAUGGCUACAAUGGAAGAAUCGAAAAUUGCUUUUCUUAAAUUAGCUAAGUGGCAUGCUGUGAGUUAUAAACUUAGUUAUGAGGGUGAUAAAAAUGUGACAUCCUACAGUGAAAACAUUUUCAGUAAAAAAGACGCUGAUACAACUCCAUUUAUGCUAACAGGAAUUGAGUAUCUUAGAGAAAAACUUGAAACAAUUGAUGAAUUCAAGAAAUUUAUACCAGAUCUUAAAAACGUUCAAAAGGAUAAUUUGAAAAAAUCCAUUGCUUCUGCCAAAUCGUACAGAAAUGAAUCACCAAAAGGAAUAUUCGUUCUAAAUCAUGGAGAUUUCCAUGUGAAAAAUAUUAUGACAAAACGAAAUGAAAAUGGAGAACUUGAAGAUGUUAUGCUUCUUGAUUUUCAAAUGUCUUCAUAUGCACCAGCAAUAUUGGAUUUUAUGUAUGGAAUUUAUAUGCUUUGUAAUCCAUCUAUAUGCAUAAAUAACUUUGACGAAGUUAUGUAUUUUUAUUGUUCGAAUUUUAUUGAUACUCUUAAACAAUUGAAAUUUGAAGGUGAAAUUCCAAAAAUUUCCGAUUUUUAUAUUGAAUUGUAUCGUCAUCGUCAUUUUGCACUAUUUUUAAUAUCUUCCUUUAUGCCAUUGUGGUAUUCAAUUUUGGAAAAACAUGUAGAAAAUAUGGAUGUGCUUCUUGCUUCAGAUGAAGAAAGAAAAAAAAUGUAUGGAAAUUCAAAUUAUUUGAGGGAUCUCAAACCAAUCUUGCAAAGCAUGUUUUACAGAGGAUAUUUAGAAUAAGUUCAAUAGUUAAUGCAAGAGAUGAAUAUAUGAAACAAUUUAGAAUAAAACAUGAACUGCGUACUUUUUAUUUACGAUGAAAUCAUAAGAAUCUUUAAAAACAGAAAAGGAAAAGAAGCAAGCUUUCAAUCAGAUUCCGGAUUAUGAUUAAUCCAUGACCUUAAGUUGUAAUUGUAUGAUAUUUAGGGAUGUUUCCAUUAAUAAAGUGCUAAUAACAAAAGCUUAAAAAAAAGGAAAUACCAUAUUUCCAUUAUCCGUAUUUUUAGAGAAAAACUAAAAACUAAAAUUUUAUAAAAAUCGUUAGAGCUGUUUUCGAGAAAAUUGCAAUAACUCGAAAAAAUAAAAAAACAACCUUGGAAAUUGCGAUUAAAACAUCUAUACCGAAUUUCAAGAAAAUCCGUUCACCCGUUUAGGCUGUAGCUACUUGUACAGAUGGACGCACCGAUCCUGUUUUUGAAAUAAAAAAAAAUAGUAUAUUUUAAAGCCUUAUUAU